AUGUCGCCGGCGGCGAACUGCAAGCGACCAAAAGCCGACGCUCCCGGUAGCUUCGACGACGAGCCCCCCUGGGCGUCUCUCCCUGCAGAUCUGGCCCGGCAUGUGGGCUGGCGGGUAUUGGCUGGAGACCUGCUCGACUAUGUCCGGUUCCGCGCCGUCUGCUCUCACUGGCGUUCCGCUACGAUGUCCCCGCGCGGCCAUGGCAUCACUGAUCCGCGGUUUCAUCCCCGGCGGUGGAUGAUGCUGCCUGAGGGCCAUGGCCUUCACCCUGCCGGCAAGAAGCGUUUCUUCAACAUUUCUACUGGAGUCUUCGUGCGCCACCGAGUUCCUCUUCUCUUGGACUACAACUACUUGGUUUUCUGCCCGGUGGAAGGGCUUCUCCUGCUGCAGGGCAACACGGCGAUGGAAAUACUCUUCUUCUCCUCCACCCUUUCACGGGCGACAUCGCGGAGCUGCCCUGACAAGAUCUACCCACCAUUUCACUUAGUAGAUUGUGACUCAGACAUCCUACUAGUUGGAUACACCAAUUACACGCUUUCCUCGCACAGGCUAGUUUACAGAGUAGCUGAUCUUAUUCGAGGAAGAGUUGACCCACUAACUAGCAUCGAAGGCAAUGCUCUCUUGAUUGGCUCCAAAACAAGUGUGAGUGUAAGUUCCAAGGCGGUGCCUGCUAUCGCAUGGAUGGAGGAGGAAUAA